CGCCUUUUUCCUGCAGUCUCCGCUCACGGGUCCCGGAGGUUGUUAUCUCAGCCGCUGUCCGGUGGGGAGAUCUUGGAUUUCACUGAAGAGCUGUCAUCCCGGGUCUGACAGCUGCCAAAAUCUCAUCAGCCAUGGGAGGGUUCACGGGACAGAGCAACAUAUCCGUCUCCAAGGGCGUCCGGAUGAUGUUCUAUAUGUUACAGCCAAAUGAGACCUCUUUUAAAACUAUAGAGGAAGUGCCAGAUUACGUGGAUAAGGCGACUGCUUAUUUUCUUGUUAUGUUGGGGCUGGAGAUGAUAGCCAGUUGGGUUUCGAAGGGUCGACCGCUCCGCAUUAAUGAUGGACUGACGUCCCUUUCGGCAGGAGUUAUGUCUCGUCUGCCAGAUGUUGCCUUCCGAGGUGUUGAGGUGACCACGUACAUCUACGUAUGGAAUCACUAUAGAAUAGCAGAACUGCCGUGGGAGUCUCCUUGGACCUGGUGGUUGACAUUCAUUGGUGUAGACUUUGGAUAUUAUUGGUUCCACAGAAUGGCGCAUGAAGUGAACAUCAUUUGGGCCGGUCACCAAACUCACCACAGCUCGGAGGAUUACAACCUAACUACAGCUCUACGGCAGUCCUUCCUACAGAAGUAUUUUUCUUGGAUGUUCUACUGGCCGAUGGCCUUCUUCAUCCCCCCGUCUGUGUUCGCUGUCCAUCUCCAGUUCAAUCUCCUGUACCAAUUCUGGAUCCACACCGAGUUCAUAAACAGUCUUGGUCCAUUGGAACUGAUUCUCAACACUCCAAGUCAUCACAGAGUCCAUCACGGUAGAAAUCCGUACUGCAUAGAUUCUAACUAUGGCGGCACGCUGAUCAUCUGGGACCGGAUAUUUGGAACUUUUGUGCCGGAAAAAGAGAAAGUGGUUUACGGUCUGACCCACCCGAUAAACACGUUCGAGCCAUUUAAAGUCCAGUUGCAUCAUUGUAUCUAUAUCUGGAGAACAUUCUGGAGCACUCCUGGCUUCUGCAACAAACUGUCCGUAAUAUUUAAAGGACCAGGAUGGGGACCAGGAAAACCUCGGCUUGGACUUCCGGAGGAACUUCCAAAGGUUACCGGGGAUGAAAAACCCUAUGACCCGCAGGCGUCAGUCUUCAUGCAGUUAUAUGGGGCGAUCCAUUUUAUUCUCCUACUGGCCAUCUAUCAGCACAUGUUUGAAGCAAAAUUUAUAUUGACACAGAUAACGCUUCUUGGGAGGAUCCUGUACAUUCUCCUGACCCUAACAGCUCUGGGGUUCCUCCUGGAGAAGAGACCAAAAGCAGCCAUCUUGGAAACCAUCCGUUGUUCUACUUUCCUGUUGCUUCAGAAAUUUGGCUACUUAACCACAGAUAUUCCCAAUCUGACAAAUAUAUGUGAGGCGAUAUUUUUAAUUUGCACUGUUGUAUGGGGAAUACAAGCCAUGAGACAACUCUUCACCAAGAUUCCGGAGAAGCAGGAGUGAUACUUCAGAACAUUCAGAAAAUGGCGACCUAUAGAUUCUAUCCCAUGAAUUUAACCGUCAGCGUUUUCGGAUAUUUGUAAAGAAAAGUGAGAAAACCUCAGAGAUGAGAAUAUUCAUUGUAAUGACAUCACCAGAAGGGGUGAUAUAUAAGUCGGGUGAUUCCUGUCAUCUAAUGACUGAGCAAUAAUUAGCGAAAUGAAGAAAUAUUCAAUGGGAUAAAAUGUUUUUAUCUGUAAAUAAUUUGUACAAAAUCAUUUUAUAAUAAAUAUAUAAUUCU